AUGCACACUCUCCCCAAGCUAGCAAUCACAGCCCUACUCCUCAUCUCACCAGCAACAUGCAUCUCAAACCCCAAACCGCCAGGCAAAGACGCAAUCCUACUAUCAAACGUUCAAACCCUAACACUCCGCGCCCACCGCAUGACCAACUCACGGCGCGUCUCGCCAAUCCCCCAACUUAGCUGCGCAGGCCCAUCAAAACAAACGUGCAAACUAUAUCAACCCGAAGUAAUGCGCUGCACAAACCAAGGCUAUGACUACGACAUCGAAGACGUGCAGUGGACAUGCACCGCAGACCUGCCGACAGAGUUCAAGCUCGGCGCAACAGAUGUCAUCUGCGAGGGAUACCGGAAUGCCGAUGACACGUGGGUGUUGAAGGGGAGUUGUGGUGUUGAGUAUCGGCUGCUCUUGACCGAGGCUGGGGAGAAGAGGUUUGGGAAGAGAGGUGGUGAUGCGGAGUGGGAUUGGUCAAACAUGAACCGGUCCGGGAACGGGUUUCAAAAGAUCAUGGUUGUGCUUGGAGAUUUGAUUUUCUUUGGGUUCAUUGCUGCCGUUUUCUUUAUGAUCCUCUGGCCUAUGCUAGCGCAAUGUUUCGGGCGGGGGAAUCGGCGAGGUAGGGGUGCAGGCCCGGCACCGGGGUGGGGUGGGUUCUGGGGAGGAGGAGGUGGUGGUGGUGGUGGUGGUGGUGGUGGAGGUGAUGGUGGAAAUGGUCCUCCGCCUCCGUAUAGCAACUUUGAUCCUUACAAAAAUGCUGCUCGCCAGCAGGGGUGGACGCCGGGUUUCUGGACUGGUAUGCUAGGCGGUGCUGCGGCUGGUUAUCACAUGGGGAGACGGGCUGAUAGUGGAUCGCGCGGCGGAAUGCCAAUGGGGAGAUAUGGUGGAUAUGACCCGGGGGAAGGCAGCUCGCGCUCGCACUCGCCGCCGCAGUUUUCGUCUACGGCUGCCAGUACUGGUUUCGGGUCGACGAGGCGUAGGUGA